AGUCUCGCGAGGCUUGCAGCCAUGGCCGCCGCUGAUGCUGCUCCGCCCGCUGCGCCCGGCUACUGGGACAUCCCGGAGGGCACCGACUGCGCCCGCAAGACCUGGCUGACGGGGCGCCUCGGGGCCGCCAUCGGGAUGCUGGGCUCCGUGUAUCACAUCGUCCUGUUCCCUCCAGACACGGCCCUGCAGGGGCUGCAGCGGGCGGCCACAACCACGGUCACCAUGGCUACGAUAGGAGCUGUGUUUGGGGUGACCACUUGCCUCAGCGCCCAGAUCCGAGACGCACCGGACGACCCCAUGAACUACUUCAUUGGCGGGUGCAUGUCGGGCAGCAUCCUUGGAGCCAGAGCUCACAGCUUCGCCACUGGAACUACGGCCUGUGUCGGACUUGGCCUGGCGGCUACCCUCACCAAGAUGGGCAAGCUGGAAGGCUGGCGGUAUGCAGGGCCCCCCCGAUACUAGACCCGCACGCCGCCCCCCUCUUCCCGUGCAACACGUUGCUCCGUACACCGCCCCCCCGGGAGGCGAGCCAAGACACGUGGAUGCUAGUAAGCUGAGCACGUGCAGAGUUCUUGAUGGGUGGGUGGAGUGCGUUGGGAGCUCCCUGUCCGAGGUGCUGGAGCUGGCGUUUCACUGGACUGUCCGCUCUGAUGGAAACUUGCGCGCCAAUAAAAGAGACUGCCUGUGUGGUCCUUCAUACCCUCA